AUGGAAAGAAGAAUCGAUCUUGUAACUAAUUUCUUUGAGCUUGAGCAGCCACUGUCUGCUACCAUAAAAUUUUAUGCUUUAGACUUUAUUCCCCCUGUAGACCCUUCUAAUCGGCAAUUGCAAAGAUUUUUAAUUUCCAGCAAAAGAGCAGAAAUCGAAUCUCGCAUUGGGCGAUUUAUCUUACUUAUUAACUUACAUUUUUUACUUGCUAGCCUUCUGUAGAGAAUGAUUUAGACUGAGGAUACCCUUUUAACUCCAAAGUGGUGCGCCACAGCUAUCUUGCCUCAGCAAGCAUUCCAGAAGAUCAAACAAAAGGGACAGAAAGACUUCACAUAUCGUAUUUGGCCUCGCCCGAGCCUGACUUUAACACAUGCUGCGCCGAAAUAUCAACUUUCCCCGGGUGUUUCAGGGUAAAAAUAUAUAUGUCUUUUUUCUUUCUUAUGCUAUUGAAUUACUCUCUGUGGUUUCCGUAUUGGCAUUGUGAUAAAUGUCUACUUGCUAAACCCCAUAAUAGAUAUUGCAGAGGAAUUAGGCACAACCACUUCCAUAGGUAGCCAUUUUAUUAUUAUCCUGGUGAUUUAUUCAAUUAGGCCAAACCCUUGCAUCAGCUCAAAACGAUCCUGUAUUAAGCCCAAUUUCCUUUGAAUCCAAAGGUUACGAUGAUCUUUUUUACAUUAUUACGAUCUCAAUUUCUCGUGAUGUUGGAGAAGAAGGCAUCAUCAUGCAGAAAAUGUAUGCCAAUGGGAUUUUGAAAAGACUGCUCUUCGAUUUAGGAAUGAGGCAAGUCACAAAAUUGCCUAAAUUUUAUCAUCCUAAAAAUACUGUUGAACUAAGAAGAUAUAAAUUAGAAGUAUGGAAAGGAAAUACCGCUUCAUUUGCCCACCAUAUGGAUAAGUGCUUACUAAACAUCGAUUUUGCAAGCAAAAUAGUUAACACAGAUACAGUUUUGCAAGCAAUUAAUAACUUUAAAAAAGGAAAUAAGAGAAAAGAAUAUAUUGAGUCCGAAUUAAUUGGGAAAAUUGUAAUGGCUAGAUAUGGUAAUUUUAGAUGCUAUAUCUAUGCAAACUAAUUGAUAAUAAUUAUGUAUGGUAAAAUUAUAAGCAAAUUCUCGUGUGGUUUACUGCAUAAUAUUAUAUAUAGAAUAGAAGGAAUUUGCUGGGAUGAAAAUCCAACAAACACUUUUAAUUGGAAAGGACAAGAUAUAACUUAUGUGAAUUAUUAUGAAAGAUUUAAUAGAACAAUUCGCGAUAUUAGACAACCUUUAAUUAAAUCUACUAUAGAAAGAGGGCAGAGAGAAAUAAAGCUGAUACCUGAAUUGUGCUAUAUCACUGGGAUUCCUGAUGAUAUGAAAAAUUCAAGAGAUAUUGCUGAACACACAAGAUUAAGGCCAAAAGAUCGAUUUAAUAACUGUAUGGAUUUAGCACAAAAUUUAAUUGAAAAAUCUCGAGAAAUGCAAGAGGCAAACUUAAAUAUAAGGGAAAGACCUAUUGCAGUUACAGGACAAAGGCUGGAUUGUGGAAGAAUAUUAAACUCUCAAGAUGGCUCAUCUCAUACACCAAUAUCUGAAAAUGGCUCUUUUGCUAUUAGAAACUCUCUACGCUUUGCAAAUCAAAUAAAAUCUUGGAUUAUUCUACAAGUUUCCAAAGACAAUGAAGACCCCGAAAGGGCUCGACGCCGCGAUAAUCUUGUUAAACAGUUUAUAGAGGGUUUUAAAGAAGAACGAAAGAGGCUAGGGUUAAAUAUCGCAAAUGCUCCUUUAAAAGAAACAUGCAAAGAAUCAGAAAUUAUAGAGAUCAUUGAUGAAUUGAAGGACAGAGUAAUUAAUGAAGUAAAGCCUCAAAUUUGUAUUGUGAUUCUGCCAGAGGAAUUCAAAGGAUUAUAUCAUGCAAUAAAAGAAACUUCAUGCAUGAAGUCAGGAAUUCCAAUACAAGUAGUAAUGGAAAAUACUAUAAAUGACAAAAAAUUUAAAUCAGCACUUCAAAAAAUUAUGCUUCAAAUAGCUGCAAAAACUAGAUCAUGUUUAUGGUCCAUAUCAAAUAUUAAUGAAUUUUCAAGCAGAACCAUGGUUAUUGGAAUUGACGUUUUCCAUGACACAGUGAACAAAGCCCAAAGUAUACUGGGUUUUGUGGCUUCAUUUAAUGAAGAGUUCACCCAGUAUUUCAAUACUGUUAAAAAGCAAGACCACAUAGGCCAGGAAAUUGCGGGCUCAGUAUCAGUGUGUUUUACUGAAGCAAUAAACGCUUAUUAUGAAAAUUCGAGGCAUUACCCUGAAAUGAUAGUCAUAUAUAGAGAUGGAGUUUCCGACUCACAAAUUGACGCUCUUAGAAUUUAUGAAAUUGAAGGGAUAAAGAAUGCUAUUGCUUCAAAAGAAGGCUGGGUACCUGGACUUGCGUAUAUUAUUAUUAAUAAGAAAACCAAUGGCAAGCUUUAUAGACGAGAUAAUGAUGGAAAUAUUGUUAAUCCGCUAAAUGGGACAUUUGUAGACACUGUUGUGGUUCCAGACAACAAGAGCUUUUAUUUGAUAUCACAUAAUGUUAAUCAAGGUGUUGCCACACCAAUUCUUUAUCGAGUUAUUGAAGAUAGCACAAAUCGCGAAGAUAUUAUUGUUUAUGCUAGACUAGCUUAUAAGCUGUGCUUUUUAUAUUACAACUGGACGGGAGCUAUCAAAAUUCCAGCACCUACUAUGAUGGCUCAUAAGUUAGCUUAUAUAGUUGGCCAGAGUGUGCAUGAUGAUUAUCUUCCUGAUCUCAAGAAAGUUCCUUGGUUUUAUUAA